CGGUGGCGCCGACUGCACGCGAUGGCGUCCGUCGCCGCAUGGCUGCCGUUCGCGCGCGCCGCCGCCAUCGGCUGGGUGCCCAUAGCCACACACCCGCUGCCUUCCCCGCCCGUCCCCAAGGACCGAAGACGAGCCGAGGAUGAGAAACUACUCAUUAACGUCUCCGGACGACGCUUCGAAACUUGGAGGAACACUCUUGAAAAAUACCCCGAUUCCCUCCUCGGAUCCUCUGAGAGGGAAUUCUUUUACGAUGAGGAUAGUCGGGAAUACUUCUUCGACAGAGAUCCGGAUAUCUUUAGACAUAUACUCAAUUAUUAUAGGACCGGGAAGCUCCAUUAUCCAAAACAUGAAUGUUUGACUGGAUAUGACGAGGAGCUCGCGUUUUUCGGAAUCCUGCCAGAUGUUAUAGGUGACUGUUGUUAUGAGGACUACAGGGAUAGAAAACGUGAAAAUGCUGAGCGUCUCAUGGACGACAAGCUCAGCGAGGCCGGAGACCAGAGCCUGCCUCAAUUGACGGAUUUACGACAAAAGAUGUGGAGGGCCUUCGAAAACCCACACACGUCGACAGCUGCUCUAGUAUUUUACUACGUUACAGGAUUCUUCAUCGCCGUCUCCGUGAUGGCCAACGUGGUCGAGACGGUACCAUGUGGUCACAGACCGGGCCGUGCGGGCACUCUGCCUUGCGGAGAGCGAUAUAAAAUUGUGUUCUUUUGUUUGGACACAGCAUGCGUGAUGAUUUUCACUGCUGAAUACUUGCUGCGACUGUUCGCGGCGCCCGACCGAUGUAAGUUCGUGAGAUCAGUCAUGUCCAUCAUCGACGUGGUGGCCAUCCUGCCGUACUACAUCGGCCUGGGGAUCACCGACAACGAUGACGUUUCCGGGGCGUUUGUGACCUUGAGAGUGUUUCGAGUGUUCCGUAUCUUCAAGUUCUCCCGUCACUCACAGGGUCUCCGGAUCUUGGGUUAUACUCUGAAGUCUUGCGCCAGCGAAUUGGGUUUCCUAGUGUUCUCUCUGGCGAUGGCUAUCAUUAUAUUCGCGACGGUCAUGUUCUACGCUGAGAAGAACGAGCAGGACACCAACUUUACAUCCAUCCCCGCAGCUUUCUGGUACACCAUCGUCACCAUGACCACUCUGGGUUAUGGUGACAUGGUGCCCGGUACCAUCGCUGGUAAAAUAGUUGGUGGUGUGUGCUCCUUGUCUGGUGUGCUGGUGAUCGCUCUGCCCGUACCAGUCAUCGUCUCCAACUUCUCCAGGAUCUACCACCAGAACCAGCGAGCUGAUAAAAGGAAGGCUCAGAGGAAAGCUCGUCUCGCUCGCAUCCGCAUCGCUAAGGCUUCCUCAGGGGCUGCAUUCGUUUCCAAGAAGAAGGCAGCAGAGGCUCGACUGGCUGCUCAGGAGUCCGGGGUGGAGCUGGACGAUGCUGGCAGAGAUGAAGACAUCUUUGAAUUGCAACAUCACCAUCUGUUGCGAUGCUUGGAGCGUACUACGGACAGGGAGUUUGUUGAGAUGGAGAAUCCCUACAAUGGUGCUGCCAAGCGGCCCGGCUCGCCGUCCCCACUAGCCUCGCCCGCACACUCGGGUCGUGCCCCGGCGUUGCUCGCUUGCUGUGCGCGAUGUGGUUGUUGCCCGCAGAAGUAUCAGGUCCUGAUAUUAGACUCAAGUAGGAAGCGUACACGCGGCACUCGGCGGUACACUGCGACCUCCAGACCUUCGGAUACCUCGGUCUCAGCAGCCCCUAGCGAAGAACCUUUACCACAAGCCUGCGGCAAAUACAUUCCGGCGGGCAGCACUGUUCAAGGGAACCAGACUGGCGUUGCAAUGGAUGGUACUUAUCUCGUCGAAGCGUCUUUCUAGGACACAGCAUCCGCUCACGUUGAGAGCUAUGUGUGAUAGGACAUGAGUGUACGCACACGAAGUAUUCCAGAGACAUUUGCUAUGAAAAACCAAUUAUUAGAAUAUGUCGAAAGUUAACACGAUACUGCCUAAUAGAACGUUCGCGUAUUGUUUUGUAAUGGUGACCUUGAUAUCUUAAUGCACAACUUCUAAGCACAUAAAGUUGAUAAAAUAUUGCUGUCUGAACAAUUUUUUGGGCAAAUGAUCAAAUAUUUAUCACAUAAGUAAUGUAGAUCGAUAUUUAUAGGUAAUAAAUAGAAGUGGUCGCUUGAUAUCCCGUGUGGAUUAAGCUAGACAUGUACGUUAAGCCUAAACGAAGCCUGUCUUACAAUUAUUUUGAGGUCCCUAUUGCAAAAUAUUUGUAUCUCAUCAACGAAUAAUUUUAUUCGUAUGGAUACAGUAUUAUUAAGAUUUUUAAUGUUGUUCGAUUAAUGUAAUCUCGCCUCAAUGAGGCUUUAUCGAUUUUCCGCUUCUGAAAAUCGUUAGAAAAGACAAGACCUUUUGGAAUUCACUCUAGUCAAUAGUCGAAAUCAUAUCAGUAACUGAAUAACUCGUAGCUAUCACUGAAAUGAAGUAUCUUUCAGUCCACUAGGUCACUAGUGCCUUCGAAUCCAUAAAUAAUAUAUAUUAACAUAGAAAUUGUUACUCUGUGUUAGUGAAUCGUAGAAAUAGAUAGAUUCUUGAAAUGUUAAUGUAUAACAUCAGUGAUGCGGUAAAAUACUGAUAUUAAUGAGAAAAAUAUUAAAACUUACAAUAAAUAUAUAUAUAUAUAUUAUAUCCCGUGUUUACGUGUCACUGAUUUUGUACGUGUAAUUCGACUUAUCUCAUAGCAGUGAGUUAAAAAGGGCAAUGAAUAAGAUGCAAUGAAAUUACCCGUGGAUAUAGUCUAGCCCAGUUUUAAAUAAUUCUAGUUAUCAAUGUCUUAUGAUCGCAAUAUAUAAAUAAUGUUAUGUAUAGAUAGAUGAAUUUAUGCGGUUAGUUUUAUUUAAUGUUAAACGUUUUAAUAGAUUGUAAGCGAUCUAGCGGGUCUCUUGAAUCGGAAACAUGUUCAGCGUUCCUCCGUUACAUGGACAAUCGACGGUUCUUAUUAGCAUUGUGUUUCUGAACGAUAUAGUAUAUAAAUAGUUAAAUUAUUGUAAUCUAGAUAAUAUAUUUAUUUAGUAGUUAUUUGUAUAAAUCGGAUUCGAUGUUAAUAUUGUGUCUCUUCCAAAAUAUUGCCAUUUCUAUUUAAAAUGUAAUAUUCAACAAUAACUUUGGUGAUUAUAUUAAUAUAAAGAUAAUUCGUAAAGUUUAAUCUAAUAAAAAUUAAAAAAAAAAUAUUUGCAAGUCUUUGAGAUUUGUUGAAUCUUAGUGUAAAUGAUAUUAUAAAAAAUUAUCUCGUAAGUUAGUACUUUGAACCACGUUUUAGGACCAUUCGUUAUUGCUUUUACUGUGAGUUUAAAUCGACAGACUAAGGACGGGUAGUUUUCAGUUACUUACUGAUAGUAUCAACGUUGCUAGAUAUAUGAAUGAUAUACUGUAAACCAACCGUAUUUAGUUUCAGGAUUUAAACUCGCAUUAAGAGUGUCGGAUACUUUUGUUAUAUGUGAAACUAUGAGUUAAAUUUUAAAUCGCCACAGACACACACAAUAAGUAAGACGCGUUGCCGAUGUAAUGUUUAAACAAUCGCUAAUCUUAAUGAAUAAAGGAUAUAUAUCCAUUAUUUUUCUUGCUUCGUUGUUUACCUUAAAGGUAAAUAUUCGUAAUCUCCAAGUGGAAUAUCUUUUGUUCAUAAUUUAAUUGUUACUAUAUAUAUGUAAAUCUUCUCAUUCUUCAUCCGUAUCUUUCAUUGCAAUUCUAUGCGUGAAAAUUGCUUGUUCAUGAAUGCUAUAAAUAAUUUUUCAUACGUUUAUAUUAUAAGGAGAUUUUUUUUAGAUGAACAUGGGCGAACCAUGUCCAUGUUAUGAUAUUAACGAUAAGAUCUUCUCGAAACGUUUUCUCCCUGUGAUUCUAUGGCUGUUUUAAUAUGUUACGUAAUAAUUAUGUAUUUAGUUGUGCCCCUUUUUUUGUUCCGUUGACGUACGUGGCCUAUACUACCUCCUGAUUCACGUUCAGUUUCUGUAAAUAAUCAUAAUAAAUUAUUUUUUCAUUGUAAUAUUAUUGUUAAUGUAAAUGUAUGUGACACCAAAUCGUUUGCCAAAGUCCUAUGCAUAGAAACGCAUUUAUUGGCGAUGUCCGAUCAGAGUGACUCAUGUUCGUUAGGGGGGAAUUGUAAUCGUUUGUAAAAUAUGAAUUUCUAUGUGUAAUUUAAAAUAAAACUGAAUUCAAUUUCUAUAGAUUAAUGAAGUUAUAUUCGUAAAAUGUAAUUUAGAAUAAUUUAAUGUCGACAGAUAUCAAGUUUAUUUAGAUGGUUGGUGAUUUUAAUGUACGCGACGUAUUGCAUGGCGCAUGUGAUUGGAACUAACAGAUUUUGGAAAUUAAAUAGUUUUGGGGGCAUAUCUAUUUGUGGUUUGUACCCGGAAAUGUUUUUCUGUUCACACUUUACGAAUUUGUGUAAUGUUUAGAUUGAAAAUUUACUAUUGAAAGACAAUAUGUCGUGUGGAGUGUAAAUUGUGUCGGACCAAUCUGACGGUCCUGCAUAGUGUCCGUAGUGUGAUGUGAUUUUUAGAAAAUAUAUUAUAAGUUUACGAACGGGGUUCACACUUGACACUGCUCGCAUCACGAAUAUUUUGGGUUCAAUGUAUUCAUGACAACAUCUAAGAAUAAGUUAGUGGAAUGGAACAGAGGAAAAAGUUGAUAAUUCAUACAGGCUUUUGCAAUUUUUUUUUGUAAUUUUCAGUUUUGAUAAACGAAAAAAAAAUUGUUAGAAAGACUAAAGAGGUUUAUUUUCUUUUUGUCAUUGAUUACGAAAACUAAAUGUGUUUUUAAUUUCUUUGUUUGUUUUAAAAUUUGGUGUUAAGAGUUAUUAACAUCGGAUGCAAAAGAGUUGUAUGUUUGUUUGUGGCCUCGUAACUCUCAAAUGGAUCUACCUAUUUUGAUGCAGUUUUUUCAUAUCGGAGCCAGUUUCCUUGCAGUGGUUUUAGGUAUGUUUAAUUAACAUCAGCUCAGCGGUGUAAGAGUAACCCUAUCCAAGGAUAACUUGAUUACGCGGCUCUCUUUGUAAUUAAUACAUAGGGUCGAUUUUAUUGGAUUUAAUGUCACGUUUUUUAUGCCACAGAUUAUAUAAAUAAUACGAGUACAUAAUAUAAACGUUAGUGCCAACUGUAAAAUAGUUAAAACAAGCAGUGUCAGGUGCGAAACUUGAAUUAUAAAUAUAACAUUAUAUUAUGUUUUAAUGAGCUUACAAUUAUAAUACUGAUAGGAAAUAGUUGAGGUUUUACUAUGAUUUUAAGAGAUAUAUCAAAUAUUGUAUUAAAAAAAGAAUUAUCGGUUACACUACCACAAGAAUGCACGGUCAAAUAAAAUAUUGAGAACGUGAUCGUACUCACGUAAGUUUAUAAGUAAUUACUGGCAGUCCUUAAUUAGUUUAACGACGCGAACUUGUAGUACGGAUAAAGUUUUUUCUGACAAAGAUAGCUGUUAAAUAUUCAAUAAAAACUAUAAUACAUUCAGUAUAACGUUAUCCGAAACUCAUAGUAGGUAUAUAUACAUAUAUAUAUAUUAAAGAAUUUAUUAUAAUUGUAAGCUAAAACACAUCUUUAUGAAACUAAAGCUUAGUAAUUCUUUGUUAAUAUGAAAUGAAAGGAAAUAAAAUUAAUUGUAUAUAACA